GGGGCUCAGGCCGAGUCUACCGAGAUUGUGUCUACCGGCGCGGGUAACCCGAAAGCGAGUGUGGCGAGGAUUAAAGUCGCGGGCCGCUCUACGGCAUGCGGGACCGUCUCGCUGCUGUCUGAAGGCCGUACGGAAACGCACGAGGGACGGCGCGUCAACGAUAAGAAAAGUUUCACGGCCGCGGCGGAUCUAAAGGAGGAGGCCGACGACGAAGACGACGACGACGACAACGACGACGACGACGAGAAGGACGUAGAGGAAACGGUGGAGGAAGGAGGAGAAGAGACGGCAGCGACAAGAGGAAAAAAAGAGGAGAACGCAUCGUCGUGCGGUAGACGUAGGAAAGAGGAGAGACAGGCCGACGAGACGAGCGCCGCGCGCUCGCACGUUGCCGCGCCGCGCUUCGCUAUAUCGCGCUACACGCGCGUCGUGAUCCGCGAAAUACGCGCGUACGCUCCGCGUGAAACGCGCGCCGCGUAUACGCGACCUAUACAUAUUUAUAUGAAUACACGGUGACCCGCGCGCGGAGAUAAUACAGUGUAAAUGGCGCUCUCGGCGCAGAAUCAGUCGACGUCGUACGUGAACUUGUAUUACUCGAUCGUCCAACGCGCGGCGACGCGCUACUUUAAGGAAUACUACAACUCCGAUACUGGCGCGCCCUACGUAUUGUACAAAGAUAAUAUGGAGAGACCCCAGGGUCAGUGGGGCCCGGGGCCGGGAUCUCUCCAGGACGGCGGACUGUACCCUCAGCAACAGCAACAACAACAGCAGCAACAACAGGGUUCCUCUUCGUCAGGAAGCCCACAGCAGGCCUGUGGUCCUCCUGUCGAGGGUAGUGAAAACGGUCCCCCGCCCUCCUUAGCAUCGCCUGUGCCCUCACCGUAUCCUUCGGCGCCUCCCGAGCCUCAGUCCUUGACUCCACCGGACGAUGAUAUACAAUCGAGUCAGGCAACGUCCCAACAACAACAACAGCAGCAGCAAACGCAGCAGCAGGUCCAGCAGCAGCAACAGCAACAACAGCAGCAGCAGCAGCAGCAGCAGCAGCAGCAAGUUCAACAGCAGCAGCCUCCACAACAGCAGCAGCAACAACAAACGCAACAAGAUCACUCGCCGCAGCAACAAUUAACUCCUCACGCAGAGGUGGACCGCAGCGAUUGUUUUCCUGGCGCUGGGGAGCUGCAGCAGUAUCCGCAACACUACUUCAAAGAAGCCCGGCCGCAUCCUUCGCCGUCCGUGCCACCUCACAUGCUCACUCCUGGCGGCUUUUCUGCGCUGCAUUAUCUCAAACAGCCCGGUGUAAUGCUGACAUCCCUCGGUCAGGGCGAUGGUGGGCCCGGCUUGGACGCGCAUCAGUACGCCAGUCCGAACGCGCCCAACAUGGCAACCGGGCUGCCCGACAUCGUGCAGCAGAGCGGCAAAUCGUCCAAGUCCGGCAACAGCGAUCUGCGCCUGUUCAAGUGUUUGACCUGCGGCAAAGACUUUAAACAGAAGUCGACUCUGCUGCAGCACGAGCGGAUCCACACGGAUAGCCGGCCGUACGGGUGUCCGGAAUGCGGCAAGCGGUUUCGACAACAAUCCCACCUCACGCAGCACCUACGCAUACACGCUAACGAGAAGCCGUACGCUUGCGUUUACUGCGAGCGCACGUUCCGGCAGCGUGCCAUCCUCAACCAGCAUCUGCGCAUCCACUCGGGUGAGAAGCCAUACCAAUGUCCGGAGUGCGGAAAACACUUCCGUCAGAAGGCGAUCCUGAAUCAGCACGUCCGCACACACCAAGACGUGAGCCCGCACCUCAUCUUCAAGAACGGGAUGACGCCGACGCUCUGGCCGCAGGACGUUCCCUUUCCGCCCGAGGAAGGUAAAGAGGAAGUAGCGUCAACGUUCGGCGACACGGACACGCAGUCGGGCGCGUUCAGUCCGGCGCCAGACGCAAACUCCAUCCAGUACCCCGCUUACUUCAAGGAUCCGAAGGGCGGCAAUCACACAGUCUUUGGCGCGGGCGGUCCGGGCAGCUUCGGCGCCCUGCAGUACAUCAAGCAGCAGGGCGGCACGAAGAGCUGUCUACCUGAUGUGAUACAGCACGGCCGCUCGGCCGGCAUGCCGUUGUACGUGCGCUGUCCGAUCUGCCAGAAGGAGUUCAAGCAGAAGUCUACGCUGCUGCAACACGGAUGUAUACACAUCGAGUCGCGACCGUAUCCGUGUCCGGAGUGCGGCAAGAGGUUCCGUCAGCAGUCCCAUCUCACGCAACACUUGCGCAUCCACACGAACGAGAAGCCGUACGGCUGUGUGUACUGCGGGCGCAACUUCCGUCAGCGCACGAUCCUGAAUCAGCAUCUGCGCAUCCACACGGGCGAGAAGCCGUACAAAUGUCAGCAGUGUGGUAAAGACUUCCGUCAGAAGGCAAUUCUGGAUCAGCACACGCGCACCCAUCAGGGCGACCGGCCGUUCUGCUGCCCGAUGCCCAAUUGCAGGCGGCGCUUCGCCACCGAGCCCGAGGUGAAGAAGCACAUUGACAACCACAUGAAUCCGCACGCGGCCAAGGUGCGUCGGAACUCGAACGGUGACACGAAGCCGCCCGGCACGCCCGCGGGCCUGGGCCCGGUUCCCGUACCCCGCGGUACCCUCACGCCCACGGUCGUCAAACCGGAGCUCUACUUCCCGCAGUGCUACGCGCCCGCGUUCAAUCACCAGCCGCCGGUGUCAACCGCGCAAUUUCCCGGCGCCCAGGCAAACGGCGUGUCCGUGACCGGCGAAUUCAAGCCGCCGACCGGUCUUCCGCCGCAGUGACUAACCGUCCAU